GUGGCAGUUCACACACAUACAGACGUACACCUCAUCACACACAUCUGUAUCUGUGAUCUUAACUCUUCUCUACAAGUAUAAUGUUGAUUUUACUCGCUGCCAUUUUCCUCCUCCACCUCGCCUGUAUAGCAGUGCUGCUGGCCGCCACCAUACACAAUGCCUGGUGGAUGACUAAUGCCAUUUCUACUGAUAUUUGGGAUCGGUGGCUUUGGAUGGAUGGGAAGUGGAACAACAGUGAGAUUCCUGCACAUUAUCCUCAAGCAUAUCUGCAGGCUGUGCAGGCGACGUCUGUGCUGGCCUGUAUCUUCUGCAUUCUGGGUCUGUUUGUGUUCGUUGCCCAGCUCUACACACUACCUAAAGGAAAACGCUUUCUGUUUACUGGAGCCUUUCAACUGUUGGCCUGGUUGUGUAUCAUGAUCGCAGCGUCCAUCUACACUGACAUCUUCCAUAGAGAUGAGAAGGACGGCUGGUAUGGAGCGUCCUUUAUUCUCGCCUGGAUCUCUGUUUGUCUCACCUUCAUCUCCUGUGUGACUUACUUCGUCCUGCGCAAGAAAACAGCAUGAACACACACGCACACACGCACGCACACACACAAUUGUGUCAUGUUUGCAUAAAUAAAUGACUCACUAGAAUCUCAAAGAAACUCCCAUUUGGAUUAGAUGUUGUGUACAUGUGUGUAGACAGAAACCUCUCGUGUUUGUAGAUGUUUUAGAAUUUAUGAUGAUGUAAUUUAACAGAAUAUAACUCUCAUACAUUGAUGUCGAAAUCUUUAUUUUUUUGAGCAUGUCACUGGUUUUCAGAAUAGAGCAGAAUGUUUGUUUUCAUCCAUCAUAUUCAUGUUAGCUGACUGUCUUAAACUUUGAUAACAGUUUGUGUUAAAUCAUGUUAUGAUCAUGUUAUUGACCAUUAAAGGGAUUUUGCUAUUUCA